UUCUAUAACACUCGUAAGACGUAAACAAACGCGUUUGUGUUUUGUAGCUUUGGUUGUAAAUAUUGUGGCGACUUGUCAGUGGCGGAGAGCUGUAGUAUCCAGUACUGAACCAGGACACUCAAAAUAAUGAGUCAUCAGCGAUUGAUAGUUUAACAAUUGACGGCUAAAAUUUAAUAAUUGUGCCAUAUAUGUAACGUAAGGAAGGAUAAGUGAUUCUCCAACAAUCAACAUUGCCAUAGGAAUUAUUACUGCUUCAUAGUGGAACAAUGAAUAUUCUUCCGAAGAAAAGAUGGCAUGUCCGCACCAAAGAGAACAUAGCCAGAGUCCGAAGAGAUGAAGCAAAAGCUGCUGAGGAAGAAAAAGAAAGGCAGAGGAGGGCUUUAUUGGCUGAACAAGAGGCCCGCACUGCUUUGCUCCGUAAAAAAGCAAGAAAGGAUGGUGGUCAGUCUCCCGAUGAAGGUGGAAUUCAAAUUACAAAUAAAGCACAACAUGUCAAUCUCUUUGAUGAUCUGGAAGAGGGCAAAAUUGUAUCAUCACUUAAGAAUGAAGAGCAUGAACGUGAAAUAAAAGAAGAAAAAGAGAAAUAUGAAAAACAAAUUGGUUAUUUAACAUACCUAGGCCAGGACACUGUUGAAGCCACUGGGAAAAUUCCGUGGUAUGAUAAAGUUCCUGACAGAAAGAAAGCAGAACCAUUAAUGGGAAUGGAUGCAGAAGUAUCUACAAAGAGCAAAUUACUUAAUGAUCCUUUACGAGAUAUAAGGAAAUAUUUAGGUGUUAAGGAAGAACAAUAUUUGAAUAAGAAAAACAAAACAGCAGAUGCUAACAAGAAAGUAAGUGCUCAUACAAGCAUAAUAGAUAACAAUUUAGACACUUACAAGAAACAUAAAGACAGAAAGAAGAAGCAUAAAAAGAACAAAAAAGUGAAGAAGAAACAUAAAAAGCAUCGGAAGUCAAAGAGAAUUAGCAGUGAUGAGAGCUCUGAAGUGAACAGUGAAGUUAGCAGUGAUGAAGAUCAACAUGACCAAAAGCCUAACUUAGAGCAGUUACGAGCUGAACGCUUGAAACGUGAGGCUGAAGAAAAACGAAAAGCUGAAGCACUGCUAGCUAGGUUACGAGGUGAAACUGUUGAAGAAGAAAAGACUGAAACCAUAGCAGUGCCUGUAAAACAGAAGUACAAUUCUCAGUUUAAUCCAGAACUCGCAAGGCAAAAUUUUAGAUAAGAUGUGCUGGUCUAUUUCCAACUUACAGUGUUGUAUA